CAUAAAAUAAUUGUUGUGACUAGUCAGCAUUAUUGAAGAAUCAAUAUCCUAUAAGUAUACUUCCAAAAGAAGCCUUAAAGCCUCCUAGACUUUGUAGAGUAAAAUAAACCAUCAAAAUAUAUACACUAAAUUUUGAAAGCAAAAGAAAUAAAAGAAGCAAUGAGUGCUAACAGAAAUUCUCGAAACAAGAAACAAUGUGAGGCUCAUGGUCAAAGAACCACUGCAGGUAAAAUUAGAUGAACAAAAAUAAACAAACAGUCCUUAAUAUGCAACAACAACAACAUUUGGUUGCUAAGCAAUACACAAACAAAACAUAAUCACAAGACACAUGAAUACACAUUACCAUGCAUCUCCAGCAGACAUGGUGACAGCUAAACAUACAUUCACUACAUAAUGCAUUGCUCAUUAUUAAGUAAUAAUUACCACUGGUCUAUUACUAUUAUUACAGUACUUUGGCCAAAAUGUAACAUAAUGUACAUUAAUUUGUACAAUUAUAUAUAAGACAUGAAUUAAUAUGCAAUGGUGUGCAUGUAGAUGCCAUAACACAUUCAUGAUGGAUCCAUGCUUUAAACAAAGUUGCCUUUCAGCAGUAAGUGAUACAAGCAUACUACAUGUACAUGAAGCUUUCUAUUACUAUUACCAUGCAUUCUAUAAAAAUUGUCAUUACACAAUUAUUACAGCCAAAGACAAUAUCAUUCCUCAUCUUUUAGAUGAUGCUAUGGAAGAACUAACAAUCUCUGCUGAAGGGAAUCAAACAAUAGAUGAGCCACCAAACCUCUCAUCAACACCAGCCAAACCAAGCAUUGAGCUUCAAGUAGAGGACACUGGAGCAACAAGUACCACAGUCGAAGAAGAUAAUGUCCAGAUCCUUGCACCAUAUCACGCCGUUAAAUCUUUACGAAGUAUAGUGGUCGCUGACGAAAAUGAGGCAGAAUUAGAUGACUCUGAUGACUCUACUUCUCUCCCUGUAAAUGAAGUGUUGAGAGUGGGGGAUAACAUCACACAGCUUCUUCCCACUAGCAAUGAUAUACAGGAUUUCAAAGCAAAUGACCCAUUUCCAAUACAGACCACAAGUGCCUCUAGAGCCACUGUUGCUGAUUUAAUAUCGGCUUCGUCUAUCGAUAAUGAUAUCAGUCAUAAUGAGUGGGUCUUGGGAAGUAAGAAACUCCCAGAGAUAUCCAAUAAAGAAGCAUGGGUGGUGCCUAAUGAUUCAAGUACUGCUUAUUCCAGUCAUGAAGCCACUUCACUGGAAGAAGAGACAGUGCUGAUUGAAGAUCAGGGAGGCGGUGCUUCUUGCUUGCUGGUUCUACCAUCUACUAAUUGGAAGGUUCUAAGAGAGAUUAAAGAUGGCAAGAGUGAAAUUGUGGUACUUCCUGAAAAGCCUUUUGUACCUCAAGAGGCUUCAUCUGAUUACUCCUCUGACACUGAUUAAGAAGAACUUAAACUUUUUGCUGCAAUAGAUUAUAGCUAGUGUGUCCAUGUAGUGUGUGUAGUGAACAAGUUAUAGGCACUUUUUGUUAAACUUUUCUGCUGCAAUAGAUUAUAGCCAGCUGCGUGUACAUGUAGUAUGUAUGUGUAGUGAACAGUAUUAUUUCUAUUUUAGUGAAACACUUUUUGUUGUUAGUGAUUUGUGGACACAACUAUUAAA